AUGGCUGCUCGGCCCAGCGGGCACGGCGUCGACACACCUCCACGGGAGAAUGAGUUCAGGGUUGUCACCACCCUUACUCAUUCCCCGGCCAAUGGUACGAACUCACUCCCUCAAUUCCAUGGUACUGCUUAUGAUUUGUAUACCGCGCGUAACAAACCCCCUGAUCCCCAUUCCUGGCCGCCUGGUCGCUUACCUAAGUUUCCAUUUCCAACCUUCCAUGGCGAGAACGUUCGGCUGUGGAUUUCUAAUGCCGAGGAUUACUUUGACAUGUACCAAGUUGAGUCCCACCUCUGGCGUAAAAUCGCCAAACAACAGUUCAAGGAUACUGCCGCUCGGUGGAUCCAAUCUAUAGAACCCCUCCUGAAAUCACUUGAUUGGCCCACUUUUUGCCGCAUGCUGCAUGAGCGCUUUGGCCGUGAUCAACACCAAAUUCUGAUCCGUCGCAUGUUCCAUAUUCACCAAGAGUCCACUGUCACCGAUUAUGUGGAGCGCUUCUCUGAAUUGAUCGAUCAGCUCAAAGCCUAUAACCCAAACAUUGACAUGCUCUACUAUACCACUCGUUUUGUUGAUGGUUUGCGUGAAGAUAUUCGUUCUGUUAUUGUGGUUCAGCGACCCCAAAAUUUGGAUACUGCGUAUACCUUGGCUCUGUUGCAGGAAGAGGUGGCUGAUCCUUCCAAGCGCAAGGACGGUCGGCGUGAUCUGGCAUCUUAUCCUCGGUCGGCAUUCAGGAAUGCAUACCCUCUUCCUCCUCCACCGGGAGUGGGUGAUCGCAAUUCAAAACCUGAUGAUGCUGGCUUCACUACACCAGCCAAUGCCAAGACGACCGAAGACAAGCUCCGAGCGCUACGCAACUAUCGUCGAGCAUGA